AUGUCAUCAAAUCAGUACGACUUCGUUAUUAUUGGCGGUGGUACUGCUGGAUUAGUUCUCGCUGCUCGCCUCUCAGAAGAUGCUAGUCAACAAGUUCUUGUCCUAGAGGCCGGCUCGGAUACGAGUGACGACGAAAAAGUUAAGCUUGGAGUUUCAUGGCUAGCCUUACAAGGAUCGGAUAUCGACUGGAGCUUCAAGACAGAGCCCCAGAAUAGUAUGAAAGGUAGACAAAUAACUCUGAGCCAAGGCAAAACCCUUGGUGGUUCAAGCGCACUGAAUGCGCAAAACUUCUCGCCGCCAACCAAGAAAAUAAUUGAUGCCUGGGGUGCCUUGGGUAACGAGGGCUGGGAUUGGGAAACGUUUCGCCCCUUUUUCAUCAAAUCUUACACCCCUCCUACCAUUCCUGAAAUUCAGAAGAAGGCAUUAGGCAAAGAAGCUUGGGAAGAUGAUCAGGCAGAUGGUCCAAUCCAACUUUCUUUUCCUGAAAGCCCAAAUCAACUCGGGGAGGCGUGGAUAGAGGCCUUUAAGAGGGCGGGGAACCUUAUGCCUCAUAAUCCCUGGAUAAAAGAUUCUGUUGGAGGAUUUAUCAAUCAAUCAAGUGUGGAACCAGUAACCGGCACCAGAUCCUAUUCGGCUAACACAUACUACGACCUCGCGAAGGGUCGCAGCAAUCUUGAAGUUUUAACUAACGCUGUCGUGGAAAAGAUUUUUUUCACCGUGUCGAAUAAGGCCACCGGCGUUCAAUACCAACAUGAAUCACGAAUAAAAACCGUCAUGGCUAAAAAGGAAGUUAUCCUGGCCGCCGGGGCUUGCCAAUCACCCAAGCUACUUGAACUAUCCGGUAUUGGAGAUAAGACUAUCCUCGAGCGAUAUAAUAUUCCGGUGGUUAUCGAUCUUCCCCACGUAGGAGAAAACCUCCAAGACCAUCUUGUUUGUGAGAUGGGUUUCAAAGCAUUGGAUACGACCCAAACCAAGGAUGGUAUUAUACGACAAGAAGCUGAGGCGCUUCGAAAGGCUGUAGAAGAACUAAAAAAUAAUAGAACGGGUCCGUUGACCUCUACAGGGUUUCUUACAAAUGCUCACGUAUCUACUGUCAGCUUGAGUCGGCCCGGAGGCAGUAAAUCGCUUCAGCAACUGCUUCAGAGUAGCCGUGCUAGUGCUCAAACCCUAUCAAACCAGGAGUUAUCUCGGGCACAGGCCUACUAUAAAGUAGCAGAAAAUGCCUUACUCGAUCCAGAACAACCAUCAGGUGUCUAUUUCACUUUUCCUUACCAAAUCCCAACCCUAUCUGAUCCGGAGACCGGUCAAAUUACCAUAGACGUACUUCCAGGCAACCAUAUCUCUUUCAUAGCCGCACUUAGCCAUCCGUUAUCACGCGGGAAUGUCCACAUUCGUUCGUCUAAGAUUAAGGACGACCCUAUUAUUGACCCAAAAUACCUAUCUCACCCUGUGGAUCUCGAGAUCCUAGCUGAGCACACGCUAGAAUUACACAAACUAGCAGCAUCAUUACCCUUAACCAAACUUUUAAAGCAACCUAUUACACCAUCACGAUCUCUUUCCGACUUCAAUGACCUUAAUGGUGCACGGAACUACGUCCGUCUACGGGCCACCACCAUGUGGCAUCCAGCAGGCACUUGUUCCAUGUUGCCUCGUGAUAAGGGUGGAGUUCUGGAUCCGAAGCUUAAGGUCUAUGGCACGGCGAACUUACGAGUUGUUGAUGCCAGUGCGGUGCCACUUCUUCCCACGGCCAAUAUACAGUCGACUAUAUAUGCGUUGGCUGAAAGGGCGUCUGUCUUUAUCAAGGAACAAUACGGUUUGAAGUAGACAUCGAGGAACUCCUAAUCGCCC